AUGAGACGGGCGACGAACGUAGCAACACAGCAUACUCUUUCACGAUUCUCGCGUGUUCGGCAGUCUUUUCGACAAGGGGCCCAUCAAGUUCGGGAAGAUGUUUGUGAGAAAUUCAAGAGAGUGCGCAAGAUCCCAAGGUGGCUGCGGAUUCUGAAAACUAUUUAUCAUGAAUACGGCCUAAAGCAUAUCUGCUUAAUAUCGAUCCUGAUUAUAUAUCAGUUCAUCGGCGCUGGUGUGUUUUAUUUUUGUGAAGCGGGUUUUGACGAGUCUAAGGAGAAGAUUUGGAAUAUGAGAAUAGCUGAAAAUCGAACAAAAUUCGUGUUCGGUAUUAUUCCAUUAAUGUUCAACAACACUGACUACUUAUUUUUUAUCACACAGGAGCAGACGAAUGAGGUUUCGGCAAAAUUGCAUGCUGAAGUAAAACGCUAUGAAAAACAAUUAGGGAUUAAGUACACAGAUCAAAAGAUCAAAUGGGAUUUCUGGAACGCGAUGCUGUAUGCGCAGACAAUUUGUACCACAAUCGGAUAUGGCCAUCUGUAUCCAUCUACCGUAUCCGGGCGAGUGUUCACGAUGAUCUACGCGAUCUUCGGUAUACCUCUCGUUCUAUCGAUUCUGGAUGACUUAGGUAAACUGCUGACAAGAUGUCUCAAAACACCAUGGUGGUUGAUAAAAUGUGGUUGUCGGCGGAUGUUUCGCUAUUGUACGAAACAAACAAUGGCCGAGAUAAGAAAAUUGGACGCAGAGGAUAAAAGAGAUCUGGACAUAUUUGACCUACCUAUUCCAAUCGCUAUAUUCGUUGUAAUCUCAUGGAUUUUCAUCUGUUCGGCGACAUUCUGCAUUUGGGAGCACGAUUGGGAUUAUUUUGUUGCCUUUUACUUCUUUUUCAUUUCACUGAGCACAAUUGGACUAGGCGAUAUCACCCCGACACAACCAAAAUAUCUACUCAUGUUAUUUAUUUACAUAAUUAUAGGACUGUCAUUAGUUUCUAUGUGUAUUAACCUAAUUCAGGCGAAAUUGGAGCGAACGUAUGAAGCUGGUCGAAUGCAAGAGUUAGAAUUAGAAGCGGUUAUGUUGAUGGAAGGAAAUCGCCUCACACCACAACGAAGGGGAAGCAGCCUAGGUGUAUUCCGAUCCUCUUCGUCAGUUCAUUCAUUGAAUAAGGAAGCUGUACAAGCUGCUUUGGCUAAUAGGAAACGUACUAACAAGACAUGUCAAACUGUACUCUCAUUUCCGUCCCCAACCAGUACGAAUACGCACGUUUGCAGAACUGUUUCAAACUCUCGGAUGCGAUUCAUUCCGCGAACGCUAUCGAUUGACGACGUCAUGCAGAUGGUCGACACUGAGGAUGGCGAUAUUCUAGUUCUAACUGACCUUGUUCGGGAAGAAUCCGGUAUGAGUCAGAAUUCCGGGGCAACAACAUCAUCAAGUGAUGAGAGUAAUAGCCAGGUGGUGGUAUCAAAAUCAUUCGACGCUAAUCUUUUCCAAAGAGGUCGUCUUGAACUUUCAGAACCGGUACAAGCGCCUUAUUCAAGCUUGGGAAGACUACGUCUAUCUCCAUCACAGCCAUCAGUUGUUGAUAUAGAAGCAUUAGAAGAGAUGGAGGAUCGUAUAGCUCUUGGACAAGCCAGUCAAAUUGCAAGUACCGUACAUUUCAGAUCAAGGUUAUCACUAAUUCCCGAACAAGUCCCAUCAACGGUAGAAGAGUGUGAGGAGCCGAGCGAGGAUAGCCAUGUCCUCUCAACUGACGAGAAUACAGACAGUCCCCCAGUUAAUAGGAGAAGCCGGUUACAAUCAGUCUUUCGCGGUAUUUUGAGGCGAAAAACAAAGGAUCUGCCAAGUCCAACGUCAAAACCAUCCUAG